ACGAAGCAUGGGCAGAGGAACUGGUCAACACCAUGGAACGAGACUUCGGCUUGAAAUGUCUUUGGCCAAAAAGAGAUUUUAAACCAGGUCGGGACCUUGGAUCGUUAAUACAGGAAGGGAUCGUGUGUUCCAUGAAGGUCGUCUUCGUUAUGACCCCAGAGGCAGUGGAGAGUGGGUGGUGUGAGUAUGAACGCAAUUUGGCUUUUGGAAUAUCUGUGGACAGCCCAGAGAACCUCAUAAUUCCUGUUAAACUGAAAGAGUGUGAGUUUCCUGGAAUAAUGCGAACCAUGAACUAUGUCGAUGUAACAGCAGGGGAAGACCAUGUCUUCAGAAUCCGACGCUCUUUUGACGAAGACACAUGUGAUAUGAAGUUCCUCGUGCCAGAAGUGAAAAAUCGAGAAAAGAGAGCAGAACAACUGAAUGGACGAAUGGUUCAGAUCCGUGGUGAACAAGUUUUCAAAUCAUGCAUGGGGCCGGCGUGGUGGUUUUCAAGUCUUGACCAGCAUCAGCGCUACCAGUUACGGCAGCUUGGAAGCAAGUUUGCUGAAAGAACUUAUUAUGAAGCACGGGAUGUGAUCAACAAGUCCUUCCGCAUGAAAUACUUUUCCAUCUUCAGUUCCUGUUGGCGAUGCUGCAGUUGGUGCUUCAUCGGCUUGGUUUUGUGGUUUCUACUUGUAGCAUUCAUUGUGGCCUUGAUACAUACGAAACAAAACCAUCUGUUUGAUGCAACGUUUAUGUGGUUUGGAAUAUUUCCGGGACUGCUAGCUGUGCAAAUAACUGUGUUUUUUCACUACCCGAAGAUUGGUGAGUGUAUGUUGUAUCACGCAUGUGGACCUCUACUGUUCAGCUGCCAACCAUUAUAUUUGAUGUAUCUGCAUAGUGAAUGAAUAAGUUCUGUACAGCGAUUCAGUAACCUUUUCACUAAUAUGUCUAUCGACUUUCGUUUUCUAUUAAUCCUGCCUUAAUGAUCUGCCCAACUAUACUGUUUCAGUGAUUGUGAAUUCAUGAAUAAUAGCCGUUACAUAUACAUAUGAAAAGUUUGACCAAUGAAAUUGGGUAACGCUACAUUGCAUGCGAAUGGCGCAAUGUAAUAUGUGUAAGUAUUCAUGUCAUGGUUAUAGCAUAUACGUCCACGUCAACGUAUAUCAGACUCGGCCAUGUUGGGGUACUCGUAACACCACUGUCUAACUAUACAUAGCCAUUGUUGGACAACAGGAAGGUACCACCCUUUUGUAGCGGAUUAUGAAUCGUUGCCUGCUCACUCAGACACAUGUGACUCUGUGGAGCUCAUUUCCAAUAAGGCACUUUGACCAGCUUCCCUUACACAGUCGUUCUGAUGAUUCUGACUUUAUGCCAGUUGUCGCCCUUGGUAGACCGGGCGUGUGUCAUAAAAGUUAUUUUUCUGUCGUGAUUGUAAUCUGUUAAUUACUGACUGAAACGUUGAGAGCUCUUGCUACAAUGUUCUGUCAUGUUCCAGCAUCCAUUUCAAUUACUUGUAGCCGUUCCUGACGUGACAGACGCCUCAUGUAAAAAAACCCGAUUACCUGAGUUAAAACAAUAUCAGAGAAACUUCUGGAUUUUAUCACUAGGAUGUCCAGCAUUCACAGCAAAUGCCCAUUUUCCAUAUCCAAGUCCAUAUAAGGUCAUACAACUUUGUUGUCAAAUAUUGUCAAAUAGAAUAUCCCUUACUUUUUGUAUAGUAUAUUUGAAAUAUUUGCUUGUGACACAAUUGAACACAAUUGACCAGUUUGUACAUCAUUUCAAAAA